ACAUCACGGAAGAUGGCAGUCGCAACAGUGAACGAGGUGGCGGGUGGCUCGAGCUGGGGGCCUGCAGUGGCCUUGGGCCCAGUCCUGCAGGCCGCAGCCGGCAUGUACGAACAACUCAAGGGCAAGUGGAACCGUGAAAGCCCCAAUCUUAGCAAAUGCAGUGAAGAACUGGGCCGUCUCAAGCUGGUUCUGUUGGAGCUCAACUUCCUGCCAACCACAGGGACCAAACUGACCAAACAGCAGCUCAUUCUGGCCCAUGACAUACUAGAGAUUGGGGCCCAGUGGAGUAUCUUACACAAGGACAUCCCCUCCUUUCAGCGGUACAUGGUCCAGCUUAAGUGUUGCUACUUUGAUUACAAGGAAUAGCUCCCAGAGUCAGCCUAUGUGCACCAGCUCUUGGGGCUCAACCUCAUCUUCCUGCUGUCUCAGCACCAGGUAGCUGAGUUCCACACAGAGCUGGAGUGGCCACCUGCCAAGGACAUCCAGACCAAUGUAUACAUCAAGCAGCCGGUGUCCCUGGAGCAAUACCUGAUGGAGGGCAGCUACAAUAAGGUGUUCCUGGCCAAAGGAAACAUCCCUGUAGAGAGCUGUACAUUCUUCAUUGACAUCCUGUUUGACACUAUCAGGGACGAGGUUGCUGGCUGCAUCGAGAAGGCCUAUGAAAAAAUCCUCCUCACUGAGGCCACUCAGAUACUCCUCUUCAACACACCCAAAAAGAUGACCGACUAUGCCAAGAAGCGAGGGUGCAUCCUGGGCCUCAACAACUACUACAGCUUUGUCAGCCAGCAGCAGAACCCAGAAGAUACCACCAUCUCCUCUACGGAGCUGGCCAAACAGGUCAUCAAGUACGCCUGGCAGCUGGAGAUGAUUGUCUGGGGUGGGGCAGGGCUCACAUUAUUUAAAGCAGUUGCAGUGCAGAGUUUCCUCCAGUAA